GAAGGAGGCGCGUUCUCCAAGCUCAUGGCGGGGCUGUGUCUAGGAGCUCGUACGCUUGUGCGGCUUCAGGCGGGCCAAGUAUGGCGUUUCCCGCCUCGAGGACGGACGCUGUGGGACCCGCCGGAAGGGACCGUGAGGGUCGUGUGGCGGGCUUCGGGGCUCGCCGGCUUCAGCACUGCCAUGCCGCCACCCCCGGGGCCAUCGGGUCCCGAGCCCAAGGGCCGGAAGGACCCAGCGCGCCCCUCGCAGCCCGGGCCUGUUUCCUGGAAGUCUCUAGCAGUCACGUUCGCGAUUGGAGGAGCUUUGCUGGCUGGGAUGAAGUACUUCAAGAAGGAAAAGACGGAGAAGCUGGAGAAGGAACGACAGCGAAGCAUCGGAAAGCCUCUUCUUGGGGGACCGUUUUCCCUCGUAACUCACACUGGGGAGCCUAAAACUGAUAAAGACUUCCUGGGCCAGUGGGUGUUGAUUUAUUUUGGUUUCACUCAUUGCCCUGACAUCUGUCCAGAAGAACUGGAAAAAAUGAUGCAAGUCGUGGAUGAGAUAGAUGAUAUCCCCAGUCUGCCAAACUUAACUCCACUCUUCAUCACCAUUGACCCAGAGAGGGACACAAAAGAAGCCAUUGCAAAUUACGUAAAAGAAUUUUCUCCCAAACUGAUCGGCUUGACGGGCACCAAAGAAGAGAUCGAUCAGGUCGCCAGAGCCUACAGAGUGUAUUAUAGCCCAGGCCCCAGAGACGAGGAUGAGGACUACAUUGUGGAUCACACAAUAAUAAUGUACUUGGUUGGACCAGACGGUGAGUUUCUGGAUUAUUUUGGCCAGAACAAGAAGAACGCAGAAAUCGCCGGCUCGAUUGCGGCACACAUGCGGGCACACAGGAAGAAGAGCUAGCUGCGGCAGCGUGGUGCUGCGGGCCGGUGUUCUCUUGCGAAGCAGGAAGGAAGCUCUGUCUCCAACGUAUGCCUAGGCAGCCUGCAGAAUGGCCUUCGUACCAUGAGAACAGCUAAUUUGGACACUGUGUUACCCUUGGGUUCAGCCAAGAGAGAUUCUUGGAACUGUGAAGGUUACAGCCAAGCCUCCCAAGGAGCCGCCAUGACACUGGAGGACCAAGUUAAAGGAAAGCCCAUGGCGAUGGGACCUGAGGACACUGCCUGCAUUUCCCUCAGGAACAAGGCCUCGGAGCCUGUCCCUGGUCUUGCGCCUUUGCUCCUACGGGUAAUGAGACUGAAUUUUACAGAAAAGAGUAAUUUCCAUCGUCUCUUGGCUUUCCUCUUGUUGACUUCUUGAUGGCUCCUGACAUGUUAAGUUCCCUGCCAUUCAGAGGUAAUCAUGACACCUGAAAGCCUAAGUUCCGUUUUGCUUGUUAAUGAAGCACUAUCAGGUGUGCGUUUCAUUCUCCCAUCCGCUGGGGCUGGUGUGACUAAUGAAGAAGCAAUCUGUUGUUGGGAGAAAACCCUUAGUGCAAUUUCUCCGGGGUUCUUUUAUGUGAUUCUUAACUGAAUGCUUCUCCGGGUUGUCAGUGACAUUAAUCGUGAGUGUGAUGCAGAGUACUUUUCUGCAAAUGCUGGGUUGCACUGUGUGUAAAAUAAAAGUAUACUCAGUUUUGCAACGCAAAGGAGCAUGACCUUUUGGGGCUGAAGAGUGGGCACAGCUGGCAGCCACAGCCCUCAGAGUUUGUGGCUAGGAGGGUUCUUAUAAAAAUGCUGGUUUCCGGCUAAUCCUCCACCUUGCAGCGCCGGCAUACCGGGUUCUAGUCCCGGUUGGGGCGCCAGAUUCUAUCCCGAUUGCCCCUCUUCCAGGCCAGCUCUCUGCUAUGGCCCAGGAGGGCAGUGGAGGAUGGCCCAAGUGCUUGGGCCCUGCACCCGCAUGGGAGACCAGGAGAAGCUCCUGGCUCCUGGCUUCGGAUCAGCGAGAUGCGCCGUCCGCAGCGGCCAUUGGAGGGUGAACCAACGGCAAAAAGGAAGACCUUCCUCUCUGUCUCUCUCUCUCACCACUAUCCACUCUGCCUGUCAAAAAAAAAAAAAAAAGUAAAAAAAAUGCUGGUUUCCAAGCCUAGAGCUGACUUCACUGAGUCAGGGGUAGGAUGUAGAACUGAGUCCCCAAGAGAUGUCUGUGUGUCUGAGACGCCGGUGGCCUGGGCACCGUGCAGUGUCUGUCAGAGAAUAAUAGCCUGAGCAGUGUGUCAGCUCAAAAAAGUGGGAAUUGAGUGGUGGGAUGAACCUUGCCUUUUAUGGCUGACUUGAACUUCCUGGGCCCUUGGACUUGAAAGUCACCUUCUUCCACUUGAAGCCACUGUCUCAGGGCAGACUCCCCCAGAAUGUUCCAGUGAAUCCUGAGAUGCAACAAGGACAGAGCCUGGGUGGAAAACUGAUUCUGUGUACACAUCAGUUGCAUUCUACAGCACAUGGUACAGGCCCCUGUUGGGACUUGUAAAUUCUCUAAUUUAUUAUCAAAAAACUGUGAGAAACUCUGCCACGGCCAGGCUGAAUCUUGUCUGGUCCCCCCCCCCCCCCCCCCGACUCUAUGUGUUGCAGUCCUAACCCUGGUCCUUCAGAAUGUGUUGUAUUUAGGGCCUUCAAAGAGAUGGUUGGGUUAAAGGGAGGCCCUUAUCCAACAUGACUGGUGCCCUUCGGAGGAGAUGAGGACACAGGCACAGUGGGCAGGCCUCAUGAACAAGAUGGCAUCGAUGAACUAAGGGUGAUCGCCAUCCCUGCCAGCAAGCUUGAUCUUACACUUCCUAGUCCCAGAACUGCAACAAAAUGAGUGUUUAAGCCAGCUAGUGUGGCAUUUUUGUGGAAGCGGUCCUGGCAAACCAAUGCAGCAGCCCAUUCCUUAAUAAAGAAUUGCAAGGGGGCUGUUGCUGUGGCAUAGCGGGUGAAGCCACCGCCUGCAGUGCCAGCAUCCCAUAAGGGUGCCAGUUUGAGUCCUGUCUGCUCCACGUCCAGUUCAGCUCUCUGCUUUGGCCUGAGAAAGCAGUAGAAUAUGGCCCAAGUCCUUGGGCCUCUGCACCCGUGUGUGAGACCCUUAGGCUCCUGGCUUCCGAUCGGCAUAACUCCAGCCAUUGUGGCCAUCUGGGGAGUGAAUCAGCAGAUGGAACAUGUCUCUCUGCCUUUCUGUAACUCUGCCUUUCAAAUAAAUAAAUAAAAUCUUUGAGAAAAAUAACUGCGAGGUGUGAUUGAACUCAGAUGUAGUUGGUUGGGAAGGAUUUUCUCAGGAGUCUUGUGAGGAACUUGCUAAAAGACUGGACUCGUGUAGCAGGAGGUAUUGAAUAUCUGCGAUGGCAAACAUUUGAAGCGGGCAGCCCGGUCUAAGCCAGCAGACGUUCGUGCGCAUCUCAGCAACAAGCCUGCUCUUAGAUAAAAUGCGUUCUUCAUUCUCAGCUGUUGCAGGCUAGAGCCUGGCUAUGAUUUAGAGAGGGAACAGCAGAUUUUGAAGAACGCUCUCAUUUGCUCUUCAUUCCAAUGUCAGGUGUAGAGGCUUAGAGGCAGGAUGUUAGGGCCGAGGGAAGGGGCUCUCAGCAAUGAUGUCAUCCAGUCGCCCUUUCGACGCCUGAGGGGACAAUCCCAGACUCUUAAGGUGCCCAGCUUGAGUCCCAGUUUCUUCUAGUCAGGCAGGUCCCUGCUCUUCCCUGCUGUAAGCGUGCUUAUGUAGACUGGCGAGUCCAGCAGCUCUCACCCAUGAAUCUUGGGAAGGGAAAUCAAGGCUGCCUUUCAGUGGAGUCCCACUUGCAAAUCUGUCUGAGUGGGAUAGAAUUUUACACAGGACUCCUCAACGACAUUAAUAUUUUAAUGAUUAAUAAGAAAUAUUUUAGUGAUUGAUU